CGUUCCUUAUCAUGGUGGUGCCAGUGGUAGUGUCAGCCGGGGAAGUUGUACCUUAAUAGUAAAGUUUUAGUAAAAGGAAUGGGUUACAAAGUCUGAUAUCGUUUAAUUUUAAAGAGCGUAGGAUUGUCUCAUGAUCUAAAAGAAGAGGAAUCAUGACAGCUAACGAGGAUCAAGAGAUGGAGCUGGAGGCUCUGCGCUCCAUCUAUGAAGGGGAUGAAUGCUUUAAGGAAAUAAGUCCAGUUUCCUUUCAGUUUAGGAUAGGAGACCUUGAGGACUCCAAAGCGUUCAUGGUGGAUUUUACAUGGCCUGAGACGUACCCAGAGACUGCCCCACAAAUCUCCCUUGAUGCCUUUUUUAACAACAGAAUAUCUCCAGAGACUAAGCAGCAAAUCCUGUCCAAGAUGGAGGAGCAGGUGGAGGCGAAUCUGGGCACAGCGAUGAUGUAUACGCUGUUUGAAUGGGCCAAGGAGAACCAGGAGGCCCUCAUGGAGAACCACAGGCCUGUAGUGACUGCUGUGACACUGACAUCCAGCAGUGAUGUAACUACCACCUCAACAGCCAAGAAGAAGGAGAAGAAGGAGCAGCUGACUAAAGCACAGAAGAGGAGGAUGAUCAGCAGAACAGAUAACAAGGGGGAGCUGCCAAGAGGAUGGAACUGGGUUGAUGUUAUUAAACAUCUGAGUAGAACUGGAGGAAAAGAGGAGGAUUAAACCCCUGAACUGGUGCUGCUUCGUACUAAGAAAAACAAAGUGCAGUGAAAUGUGAACUCACUGCAGCCUGUUGCUGCUGCUGUCCCGAUGCCUUCACAUCCAACCUCGCUGACGUUCAGCUGUAGAUGGCUGCUUCCACCCCGAGAGCCAAAGCCGACUGGAGAACGGUGGAGUCAACCAUCAGACCGCACCCACACACUUCAGCCAAGCAGAGACUGAGAGCUGAGAGCCUGCAAGAAUCAGUAGAACUGGUUGUGUUUUUGUGUUGUGGUGUUUCUAGUACGCAACUGGACCAACAUUUCAGCCAGGUUUUGUCCAGUUAAUACAUAAAUAUUCUGCUCUGUCAUCCAUCAGGUUGGAGGGGGCUUAAUCUAAUUGCAAUCACUGCCAUGUUUGAGUCUCUCAUAUUAAGUCUAGUGGCCAGAAACAGUUGGAUUGUGGGUAAAAAUGUGUAUUGUGUGAGGAAAUUUUUAAUAACACACAAUGUUUCUCCUGUUACCUUUUUCUUACUUUAAUGUAAGAUGUUUCUCCAGAAGAAUUUAAAUUUUUUAUAUAUAAGUGAAAUAAAAUUUGGUCUACACCUGUG